AUUCCAUAGGGAAGAGUCAGACAACGAGUUAAAGCGCUUUCAAACCGGGUUAUUUCUCCAGUAUGGAUGCAACUCUAGCGGGGCUUCGUGGCGGAGACUAGGCCGCGGCCUGCUCUUGCCCGGUUGCCUAGCAACGGCUGGGCUUCCAUCCUCGGCGGCGGCCAUGUCGGAGGAGGAGGAGGCGGUGGCCGAGGCCGAGGAGAUCAUCCGCAGCCAGAGGAUCUUCCUCAACCACCUGGACUCCUACUGCGGCCGCAACAUCGGGAAGUAUCUAGCAAGCGCUGUUGUCGGAGCCUCUCUGGAGGAAAUUGCUGAGGAAGAAGAAGAAGAUGAGGAAGGGAGAUCAACUGUUGAAAUUGCACCUCCGAAACCAAAAGAAGGAAUAUACCAAGUUGUGGGAACGCUUUCGGAAGCAGAAAGUAAAAAGCCAGAUUUUGCAGUGGAAGUGUAUACAACAGCAUCUCGAGAUGAGCUGUUCGCUCGCAUGUUAGAAUGUGACAUAAUUAUUUAUAACAUCACUGAAGAUGCAAAACAAAUUGAAGAAGCAACCUGGGCAGCCACUGUGUUAAAUGAAGAAUCAGUCAACUUUGAAAAGCAGAAAGUGUUCAUUCUACUAUCAACAAUUAUGACAUGGGCACGAAGCAAGCCUCUUGAUCCAGAAGAUCCUGAAAUACCUUUCACUGAAGAAGAUUAUCGUCGAAGGAAACCACAUCCAAACUUUAUAGAGCACAUCAAUGCAGAAAAGACGAUUAUAAAACUUGGCAAAAAUAACAAAAUCAAAUUUGCUACCUAUGUUGUUGCUUCAGGUAUUCAAUAUGGAGCCGAAGAAAAACUUCUACACUACUUUUUUAAGUUGUCUUGGCUUGGUGAGGUGCCUGUUAUACCAUGUUAUGGAGAUGGACGAAAUUUUAUUCCAACCAUUCACAUUGUUGACUUAGCGGCAGUGUUACAGAAUGUAGCAGAUCACAGACCAAGAACACAUUAUCUAAUUGCAGUGGAUGAAUCGAUACAAAAGCUUGGUGAAAUAGUGAAGUGCAUCAGCAAAAACGUGGGCCCAGGAAAAACACAGAAGGUUCCAAAAGAAAAUGCUUUCCUAAACAAAGAGCUAACGCAAGCACAGUUGGAUGAAUUAUUUGUGAACCUACGAAUGGAAGCUGUUUUCCUGAAGGAGAAUUUCAACAUUAAGUGGGUUUCUCAAGGAGGAAUAGUGGAGAAUAUAGAACAAGUUGUCAAUGAGUACAAGCAAAGUCGAGGAUUAUUGCCCGUCAAAAUUUGCAUACUUGGACCUCCUGGAGUAGGGAAAACUUCUAUUGCAGAACAAUUAUGCAAUCAUUACAAGGUGCACCACAUUAAAAUAAAAGAAGUGAUUGCUAAAGCAAUAGAAAAUCUGGAGAAAAUUAUUGCUCCUAAAGAUAUACCAGAAUCUGUGUUAGACGAGGACGAAGAGGAAGAGGCAGAAGAGGAAGAAGAAGAAGAAGAAGAAGAAGGAGAAAAUGUUGAAGAAGCUCAGGAAUUAUUAGACGCGCUUAAAGAAAACAUGGAGCAAAACGCAGGUCGUAUAGAUGAUCAAUAUGUGAUUAGAUUUAUGAAGGAGAUGCUAACAUCUAUGCCAUGUAAGAACCAAGGAUAUGUUUUGGAUGGGUUUCCAAAGACCUAUGAACUGGCAAAAGAUCUUUUCAAUCUUGAAGAGGAGGAAGAAGAGGAUGAUACAAGAGGCAAAGUUCAUCACUAUGAUAAAUUAAUAACUCCUGACUACAUUGUUUCUUUGAAUGCAUCUGAUGAAUUUCUGAAAACCCGAAUCAUGAAUCUCCCUGAAUCUGUUGUUGCUGGGACUCAUUAUGCUCAGGACCGAUACUUAAGAGCCUUGAGUCUUUUCAGGGAAUUAAACACAGAGGAUGAAACUGUUCUCAACUACUUUGAUGAAAUAGAAGUACAUCCACAGAACAUUGAUGUAUCAAAGUUUGAGGGUCUGGAGAAUAGAGUAAUAGUGAAAGAAAUAAUAAAAAAUAUUGGCGAGCCUCGAAAUUAUGGUAUGACAGAGGAAGAAAGGGAAGAAUUUGAACGGAAACAAGCAGAAGAACGUCUUGCCAGGGAAGCUAAAGAAAAGGCUGAUUUGGAGAAAAGAGAAGCAGAGGAAAGGGCUCAAAAACUUGCCAAUUGGGAAGAGUGGAAUAAACGUUUAGAGGAAGUGAAGCGACAAGAACAAGAACUUCUGGAAGCUCAGUCCAUUCCAUUGAGAAACUACCUAAUGAAGCAUGUCAUGCCAACUCUUAUGCAAGGCUUGAAUCAAUGCUGCAUGGUUAGGCCUGAUGACCCUGUUGACUUUCUGGCAGAAUAUCUCUUCAAAAAUAAUCCUGAAUUUAAUUAAGAAGCUUAAAAUGUGUUGGCAUUCUGAA